AUGCGGGUUACAUUGUUUCUGCUGCUAAGUGUAAGGGCUGUGCUCGCUUCGGUUAUCCCCAACCGGGCCAAGCACUACGAGGAAAUGCGUGCGGCAAUCGUUGGGGCCGAGCAGGACUAUGGUCUCGGUGGAAAAGUGUUCCUCAAUCCGGACGAACAACACGUGGAUCGAGUGUUGCGUGAGAUGAAAAAGCGGGAACUUCACCCACCGGAAAGUGGCCUACUGCCAGCCGGAAUGCACUUUUUCGACGCGCGGCAAUUGAUUGAAGACAGUCCGGUCUUUCGGGCGCUGAAAUCGAUGCCCAAGGGUGCUGUCCUUCAUUUGCAUAACUCUGCUGCGGUGUCCUCGAGGUGGGUUAUCAGUAACCUUACGUACCGGCACGAGGCAAAGCUAUGCCGAAAGGAUGAUCGGUAUUUCUUUACUGUGAGACCACAUAGUCACUGCCUGGAGAACCAAACGCACCGCAUUACGGACAUGAGAAAGGAGCACACGGAAGGCGCCGAAGCAUUCGACAGUUGGCUGGAAUCGAUCAUCAACAUGAAGCACAAGCCGACGGCCAAUAUGUCCCGCUUGGCCACCGUGAACGAGCUUUGGGUAGAUUUCGAGAGUUGUUUCGAUGCGAUAAAGGGAUUCCUGCAGUACAAACCGUUCUACGAGGCGUACCAUUGGCAGCUUCUGCGCGAGUUUCACGAUGACGGCGUGUUCUAUAUCGAGUUCCGGAUCUCGCUGGGUAAGGUGUACGACGAGGGUGGCAAGGAAUAUGGUCCGCCGGAGACCACGGCCAUGCUGCGUCGGAUUGUGGACGAAUUCCGCCGGCAGCAUCCUUCUUUUCACGGUGUGAAAAUUAUACUAGCGAAGCAUAAAAACAUGGACGAUGCGGAGCUCGAAAAUGCAUUAAAGUUAUACGAUAAUCUUAGCACUGCUUUUCCUGGCUUCGUGAUUGGGUUCGAUUUAGUUGGACAGGAAGAUAACAACCGUUCGCUGAAAAGUUUCAUCUCUUCACUUCUACUUCCACCCAUGCAGCCCCGAGCUCCUAAUUAUUUUUUCCAUGCUGGUGAAACAGUCGGAUACUACACCGAGGCGGACGAAAACGUGAUCGACGCCGUGCUGCUCGACGCGAGACGUAUCGGCCACGGCUAUGCACUGUUCAAGCAUCCAAUUCUGUGGAACGCCAUGCGCCGGAAGCAGAUCGCCAUUGAAGUGUGCCCAAUUUCGAAUCAGGUGCUCGGGCUGGUCCGAGACCUGCGGAACCAUCCGGCGAGUUUUUACGCGGCCCACAACAUUCCCAUGACGAUCGCGAGCGAUGAUCCGGGUUUCUGGGAUGCAGUGGGGGUCAGUUAUGACUUCUACUAUGCAUUUAUGGCAAUUGCACCACACACUGGAUUGGGGUUUCUCAAGCAGCUCGUGUGGGAUUCGUUGAGAUUUAGCACUAUCAGCGCAGAUGAGCGUCUGAAUAUUACUGCCACGAUGGAAAUGCAAUGGGCCACGUUCAUCAGGGAAUUUCGUAAUCCAAAUUUAUCCGAAACAUAA